UGUCAGAGAGGCUGGCGGCAGUGGCGGCUGUCCGGGCUGGGUUGUCAGUCAGAGGAGGGAAGAUGGCUCGCCCAAACUCGUGCUGCUAGUAGGAAAGGGGCAGGUGGCGCGGCUGCUGGUGGAGCGCAGUCGCCCGGUCGCCGUGGUCGUGAGGGGAGGCCGCGGUGGGUCCCGGAGCUGCUCAGGUUAAAGGUUUGGAACACAUGUGGAAAGAUGUUCACCUCAGAGAUAGGGGUUGUGGAAGAAUGGCUGUCAGAAUUUAAGACUCUCCCAGAAACAUCUUUGCCAAAUUAUGCCACAAAUUUGAAAGACAAGAGUUCUUUAGUUUCAUCUCUCUAUAAAGUUAUCCAGGAGCCACAGAGUGAGUUACUAGAGCCUGUGUGUCACCAGCUCUUUGAGUUCUACCGCAGUGGGGAGGAGCAGCUGCUGCGGUUCACUCUGCAGUUCCUCCCAGAGCUGAUCUGGUGCUACCUCGCCGUGUCGGCCAGCAGAAAUGUGCACAGCAGCGGCUGCAUUGAGGCCCUUCUUCUAGGGGUUUACAACCUGGAAAUAGUUGACAAACAUGGACAUAGUAAAGUAUUGAGUUUUACAAUUCCAUCUUUAUCCAAACCAUCUGUAUAUCAUGAACCUUCCAGCAUUGGGUCUAUGGCGCUGACAGAGAGUGCUCUAUCCCAGCAUGGCUUAUCAAAGGUUGUGUACAGUGGACCCCAUCCUCAACGGGAGAUGCUGACAGCACAGAACAGGUUUGAAGUGUUGACAUUCCUUCUGUUGUGUUACAAUGCUGCUUUAACCUACAUGCCCAGUGUUUCUCUUCAGUCACUGUGUCAGAUUUGUUCAAGAAUAUGUGUCUGUGGAUAUCCCCGACAACAUGUAAGAAAAUACAAAGGUGUGAGUGGCAGGAUACCGAUUUCAUCCGGAUUCAUGGUGCAGAUGCUAACAGGAGUGUAUUUUGCCAUAUACAAUGGAGAAUGGGAUCUAGCUCAGAAAGCAUUGGAUGAUAUUAUAUACAGAGCCCAGCUAGAAUUAUAUCCAGAGCCUCUGCUGGUUGCUAAUGCAAUAAAGGCUUCAUUGCCUCAUGGUGCCAUGAAAUCUAGUAAGGAAGGUACAAGGUGUAUUCAAGUUGAAAUCACACCAACUUCCUCUAGAAUAUCAAGAAAUGCAGUUACCAGCAUGUCAAUAAGAGGUCACAGGUGGAAAAGACAUGGAGAUACAGAAUUAACAGGUCAAGAAGAACUGAUGGACAUAACUGAAGUUGACGAGGGAUUUUAUUCCAGGGCUGCGUCUAGCACCAGCCAGUCGGGUCUAUCAAACAGUAGUCACAAUUGUAGUAACAAGACAAGUGUAGGGAAGAACCAGAGACGGUCGGGAGGAAGCAAAGCUGGAGCAAAAGAGAGAGAAACUGCAGGGGAAUCUUGCAGAGAUCACUUUGCUCGCAAACAAACCCAGAGAGCCCAGAGUGAGAACCUUGAGCUUCUCUCUCUAAAGAGACUGACCUUAACCUCCAGCCAGUCCCUGCCCAAGCCCAGCAGCCAAGGCUUGGCUAAGACUGCGGCCACUGUAUUUAGUAAAUCCUUUGAACAAGUCAGUGGUGUCCCAGUCCCACGUAGCCCUUCUCCUGCCAUUGGCUGUGUAGCUGGGGCAGAUGCCCAUAGAUUUUCUGCUUGUAGUCUCCAAGAAGAAAAGCUUAUUUAUGUGUCAGAAAGGACUGAACUUCCAAUGAAGUGUCAAGCGGGCCAGCAGGGGCCUCCUAGUAUUAGCAUCACUUUGUCUGCAGAUUAACUUGUAACUUACUUCUCUCCUGUAACUAGUGAAGCUGGAAGAUGGCUUUGCUUCCUUAUGAAAGUACUGAGUCCUUCAUGCCUAGUCCUGGCAUGAGCCUGGUGUCUUCAAUUCUGAAGGCUCUCCUUUGACUAUGAAGGGAAUAAUGUUUAGUUUGCAGUAAGCUGACAUGUGGUCUUGUUAUUUCUUGGGUACUCUUCUCCCCUUGGUUUAAGUUCUUUAUACUUUUAUUCUCCUUUCCUGUUACUUGUUAUUGUUGGUUACAUCCUCAGUGAGGUUGUUUUUAAUACCUCGUUUUUCAGUGGUUGUGUAUUUGCCCUGGGAAAUCAAAGAGAAUCUCUGUGUGAGAGGACUGGGUUGUCCAGCCCAGGUAGAGGAGCAAGUCCAUGAAGCCACACUGCUAAACAGGUGUUGUGAGAAAACAAAGCCCUGAGAGCCGUGGGGAUGUCAUGUGCUGUGACCACAUCAUGCUUAGGAUGGGGACAGUUUGCUCCACACCACAAGUUGCCUGGCAGGACAGUUGCAAGGGGGAAGCUGGGAGAAUUUCUGUUGCAGUCCUUAGAACAUUAAACAGCAAAACUGAGAUUGCUGGUAGAUGACGUUCUGAAGUGUUUGAUCUGAUUACAGGGGUGAAAGUCCCUUUCGGUUUCUAAAGUGUAACCAGCCAUAAAGCCGAUGGACUGUGCUGCUCAACUUUGGAAAUCCUAGCUAGUUUGUAUUUUAGUGGUCACAGCACACAUCACAGACGACUUUCUGAAAACCCCUUUAAACUUUGUAGCACAGCUCCCAAGAUAACAAUAUGAAGCGUUUAAUAGUGAAAUGUCUGUGAAUGAAGGAAACUAGUUCAUUUUUCAUCUAAAAUAUGAUGAAAGAAAAUACAGUAGAUGUGGACAGAGGACAUUUGUGCAUUAGCUUAGGGUUGCUUGUGUUUGUUCUUAAAUUUAACAUAAAAAGAGUGUGCUGCUUGUUUGUGAGCUUCAAGUGUUCUUGUUAUAAUGUAGAAAGAAUUCAGCUACCACCCACUCCUGCCAACUGAGAAAUGUGGUAAGGCAGAAGCUAAACUCUGCUGAGAUGGACGCCCAGGCUCAGUGCCUGUGGUCUGCUCGGUUGGCUGAUGCUCAUGUGAGGUGCAUGUGCUGUGGUACUAACUGGGACUGAGAGGAGCAGGUCAGUGGGGAGGCCUAGGAUGCUGUCUGCUUCUUGGCUUCAUUGACUUAGCACACCAAGGCCUCCUUACUUGUGGUCCCUCACUAUGCCCACAGAACAUACUAGUGUACCCUCUCAAACCCUCUGGGUCUAGCUCAUGUAGAUGAGAAAACUCCACAUGUUGCAAAGUGCAAAGCAUUUACACUUGAGUUUUAAAUGCUUACCUCCUAGUUUAAACCUGAUUAUCCAAGGCCGGUGCUUUUUUAGCGUAAAUGAGUUAACAUUUUAGUUUCAGUAACAGAAUGAGCUGCUGGCUUAAAUUGUCCUCAACAAUUUUAAGGUAACUAGACAGUAAAAUUGAUAAUUGAAAUAAUUUAAUAGUAAUCUUGUAUAUAGUUAAAAUGUUUGUAAAAUGUCACUGUGAAUUUCCUGUUGUCUUUUUGUAACUCCUUAAGAAUUUUUCUUAACCAUAGUUACUAACAGUGUUGAUAUUAUUAAGAAGAAAUUUAAAAGAUUGUCCUUAGGCAGGUUGAAGUGCUUGCUUAAGCAUAGAGUAAGUUUAAAGAAACAAGAGAUCAGAAUAAUAUUCAGCUACCAUAUUGAAACCUCAUUUUGAUAUUGUUGUAGACAUUUGCUACUUGUGUGGUCCAAAGACCAUUGGUGUCACCUGGUAUCUUAAUAAAACUUCAAAAUUUCAGGGGCAGACCUAGAAAAUCAAAGCUGGCAUUUUAACAAGGUCCCCAGUGACACUCCUGUACAUUCGUCUUUGUGAAGACAGUUUCAAAGUGCUAACUACUUGUCUAAUAUAUAGGCUCCUCAGUGUUCUCACAGUUCUCAAGCACAGGUAUUAGAUACUAGAUCGUCAUAAUUGUCAUAUUUUUUGAUAACCAAGUAGCUUUUAAAUAACAUUGACAUGUGACUUCUUAGAGGCUCUCAUUUUAAGUUCCCACUUUUCACUUGUUUCUGUAUAAAAAUGUAGCAUCUUCUGCUUUGCUUGCUGGUCAUAAAUGAACCCAGAGCUUCAGAUGCUGCAGGUUUUAAGUAGGAAAGCCCCCCUUUGUACUUGAGUUGUUAUGAGUACAGCACAUUUGCACAUAUGUUCAUUCUCUCUUACAAAAUCAGUAACAGCUUAUACAGUGGAAUGAGUCUGAAGUUUUGUUCCAAAUGAUUUACACCAAUUGAUUUUCUGGAGUGUGGAGUUAUGUGAACAAUAAAAUUCUUUUAUACUACUUUUGAUACUAUUUCAAGUAAGGAUUGUGUACAUCGGAGGCUUUCAUACCAGCUGUCAAAGCCGGAUGCUAUUCACUGUGGCAACAGUUGUUCUAGUCACUCCUACUUAUCUUUCAAAUGUGAGAAGUUGUGUGGCUUUGUAUUUGAGUUUCUGUAAAGAUGCUGAUAGUAUAAGCAUCUCAUGGACCCAGGAGAAUAGCUUUUACCAAGAGGAUUCCACACAAAACUGGGGUCUGGCACCCCAUAGUUAGAUCUAGAUAGAGGUUCUUGAAUUGACCCAACCCUCGCACUCCUGUGAAGCUGUGCCUGGCAUGAACCUCUCUCUGCAAUCCAAGUGAAGAGAAGAGAGAAGCAGAGUGUAGACUCUUCCAAGGAUCCCACUGCUCAGGUGCUACCCUUCCUCUUCUGGGAGCCUCUGGAAAGCACCUUGGAAUGGCAGGGAUACUGCCUGAACUCUUUAAGUCCAUCUCUGUAGCACUGAAGAGCAGGAAUCACAGAACAACUUGUUUGUUUUGAAAAGGUAGUGUUUCAUUGCCCUUUCAAUUGCAAACCAACAACUCUGCAGAUAUCACUCAGUUGUAAAAAGUUGAAUUAAAGGGAAAUAAAUCAAAAUAGAUUUAAAAAUUCCAGUUUAGAGGGAUUUUUGCCUAUUUUGAAGUAUCAUAGUUAAAAUGUUGAAUGGUAAAUUGUGGAGGAAAAUACACACUCUAAAACAUGAUUUUAAGCCAAGAGUUAGACUGAGGCAGCUUGACGUCUACUUCUGUAGGCACAUUGACCUCCACAGAGGAAAGCGCGCCAAGGAAGCACAAGUGUUGUAACUGAGAAAUACUGAAACACAAAAUGUUGGUACCGAGGCAUUGUAGGUAGAAAGUAGUGUACAAUAGUGUCUUCCCAGCCCAAGUGAAAGGCUAAAACCCCAGUCCUUUAGUGAGCACGAGUUUACACUUGCACGUUUGCUGCUGAAUGCUGGUACAGUGGGCAAUCGAGAUGUGUGCUUUUAUACUGCUCAAGUCUUCUCCAGAAAGCACUCAUGGGCUACCUUCUGGACUUUGUAACUUGCACAUAUCCAAGAAGACUGAGUGUGAACAAUUUGAAGAUGUUUUAUGUUUUGUAGUAGAGUACUAGUGGACAUGGGCCUCAAUUGUUGUAUUUUCUGGCCCCCAAACUGUCUCUCUCAUUGGAACUGACCGUUUGCCUCUGACCUUUGCUUCUGAUCAUGUGAUAAUGCUAAACUCUUCUCACAAAUACACUUGUCACUGUAUGCCUAGCAUUUACAUUCCUAAGAAUAAACUUUGGAUAUUUUUAUGUGCUCUUUAUGUUUUUAAAGUAUGAAAUAAACUGGAGUUGAGUUCUUUGAA